AUUGGACCCCAGAUUAUCCAUGGAAACUCCUUUGACUUCGUCUUUGGGGCCCAUACUCGUUUCGCUCGUGCUUUCUGGCGUCCUGUAUGGGUAUGCGCUGGUGCAGACUUACGUAUACUUUGCGUUAUUUCCGAAAGAUAGCUGGAAAUUGAAGACUCUGGUAUGUUACUCAUGCACUUGAUUCAACAGCUCCUCGUGUGUCACCAAUAUUCUAUUGGUUCAAGGUCGCAUUUGAGAUGUAUGUAGUAUUAAUUCCUCUUUUUCCCCAACA